GUUGUUGGCGAGAUGUUUGGCCCUUUGUUCUUCGUGCUUAUGGCGCACAGCGCUUAUGGAGACGUGAGUUAUUCUUUUCCGGAGGAGAUGAAACGCGGAUCUGUGAUUGGAAAUAUAGCGAAGGAUCUCGGGCUUGAUGUGAACAGACUAUUAUCUCGAAAGGCUCGUAUUGAUACUGAAGGAAACAGAAAACGAUAUUGUGAUAUUAAUCUGAAUACUGGAGAACUGAUCGUAGCGGAGAGGAUCGACAGGGAGGAGAUUUGUGGCGACAGGGUUUCAUGUGUUUUACAAUUCGAGUUCAUGUUGGAGGAUCCAUUAGAGCUGCACCGUGUUUCGGUUCAAAUUCAGGAUAUUAACGACAAUUCCCCUCAUUUCUCAAAAGAAUUAAUCACAUUUGAAAUCAAUGAGUCUGCUGAUCGAGGUACUCGAUAUCGUUUGAAUGCGGCUCAUGAUGCAGAUAUAGGACAGAAUGCAGUGCAGAGAUACAGUCUACAGAACAAUGAUCACUUUAAACUGGCUGUUAAUUCAAAUAUAGACGGAGAAAAGAAAUUGGAAUUACUGCUGGAGAAAGAAUUAGACCGUGAGCAGCAAAAAGAGGUGAAUUUAAUUGUCACUGCGGUUGAUGGCGGGACUCCACCGAGAUCAGGUACUGUAGCCAUACACGUCACUGUACUGGAUGCUAAUGAUAAUGCUCCAGUCUUUAGUCAGGCCGUCUAUAAAGUCAGUCUGCCUGAAAAUUCUCCUGUAGAUACUGUAGUGGUUACUGUGAGCGCUACUGAUGCUGACGAGGGACAACAUGGAGAAGUGACAUAUGAAUUCAGUCGUAUCUCAGACAGAUCCAGAAAGCUGUUUUCAUUGGAUACAAAUAAAGGUGACAUUCGAGUUAAAGGAUCACUUGAUUUUGAAGACGAAACUGUUUAUGAAUUUCUCGUCGAAGGAAAAGAUGCAUUUGGUCUAUCUAGUGACGCUAAAGUUGUAAUAGAACUUGCAGAUUUUAAUGACAAUGCUCCUGAGAUACGUUUGAAGUCUAUGCGUAAUCCAAUUCCUGAGAACGCGUCACCCGGUACAGAGGUUGGCAUCAUUAAUGUGCAGGACAGAGACUCUGAGAAUAACGGACAGGUGCGCUGCUCCAUUCAGCAAAACGUCCCAUUUAAACUCGUCCCUUCAAUCAAAAAUUACUAUUCUCUGGUGACCACAGGUGAAUUAGACCGCGAGCUGGUGUCUGAUUAUAACAUCACAAUUACUGCUACUGAUGAGGGCUCUCCACCUUUAUCUUCCACUAAGAAUAUUCACUUCACUGUAGCUGACGUGAAUGAUAACCCACCUGUAUUUGAGGAGCAGAAUUACAGAGCUAAUGUGCAAGAAAAUAACAAACCGGGCUCCUCUAUUUGUUCAGUAUCAGCUACAGACCCGGACUGGAGACAGAAUGGCACUGUAGUUUAUUCUCUGUUGCCCUCUGAUGUCAAUGGCGCACCGGUGUCCUCCUUUUUAUCUAUUAACGGAGACACCGGGGUCCUUCAUGCCGUGAGGUCGUUUGAUUACGAGCAGUUGAGAAGUUUCAAAGUGCUCGUGUUAGCCAGAGACAACGGGUCUCCUCCUCUGAGCAGUAACGUGACCGUGAGUGUCUUCAUAACGGAUGAGAAUGACAUCCCUCAGAUAUUAUACCCCUCUCCGGAAGGGAACUCCUUGAUGACCGAGAUGGUCCCCAAAGCUGCGCAGUCGGGCUCCCUGGUCUCCAAGGUGAUCGCUGUGGACGCGGAUUCUGGACAGAACGCGUGGCUCUCGUAUCACAUUAUUAAAGCGACUGAUCCGGGACUUUUCACUAUCGGUGUCCACAGCGGAGAGAUCAGGACGCAGCGGGACAUUUCUGAAUCUGACAGCAUGAAACAGAACCUGAUUGUCUCCGUGAGAGAUAACGGACAUCCUCUCUCAGCCACGUGCGCAAUGUAUUUACUGAUAUCAGAUAACUUGGCUGAAGUUCCAGAACUGAAAGACAUGUCUCAUGACGAGAGCAGCUCCAAACUGACGUUUUAUUUGAUCAUCACGCUGGUGUCCGUUUCCACUUUCUUCCUCACCUUCAUCAUCAUCAUCCUGGCCGUGAGGUUUUGUCGCAGGAGAAAGCCCAGACUGUUGUUUGAUGGAGCUGUAGCCAUUCCCAGCGCGUAUCUCCCUCCAAAUUACGCAGACGUGGAGGGCGCGGGAACUCUCCGCAGCACUUACAAUUAUGACGCAUAUCUGACCACGGGCUCGCGCACUAGUGACUUCAAGUUCAUCAGAUCUUAUAAUGAGGGCACGCUGACCUCUGACCUGACUCUGAAAAAGACUCCGUGCUCUGUGGAUGAUCUUGAAGGGCUUGAUUCGGAAAUGAGUGUUUCGUCCCAGAUGUUUGUCCUUUUGUUCUUCGUGCUUAUGGCGCACAGCGCUUAUGGAGACGUGAGUUAUUCUUUUCCGGAGGAGAUGAAACGCGGAUCUGUGAUUGGAAAUAUAGCGAAGGAUCUCGGGCUCGAUGUGAAACAAAUAUCAUCUCGAAAGGCUCGUAUUGAUACUGAAGGUAACAGAAAACGAUAUUGUGAUAUUAAUCUGAAUACUGGAGAACUGAUCGUAGCGGAGAGGAUGGACAGAGAGGCCCUGUGUAGAGACAAACGGACGUGUUUUAUUUAUUUCGAAUUUGUCCUAGAAUAUCCAUUGCAAUUACAUCGUGUUAAUCUCCAAAUAGAAGACAUAAACGACAAUUCACCUAUUUUUCCUAAAGAUUUAGUCAAACUUGAUAUUAGUGAAUCUGCUGAUAAAGGGGCGCGUUUUCGUGUAAAUGAAGCUCGCGAUGCAGAUAUAGGACAAAAUUCCGUGCAAAGCUACACACUGCAGAGGAAUGAAAAUUUUGUUCUUGUUGUGAAUUCUGAAACAGGCGAUAUCAAAUAUAUCGAGCUAGUUUUAGACAAAGAGUUAGAUCGUGAACGGGAGAAGGAGAUCACUUUAAUUGUCACUGCGGUUGAUGGCGGGACUCCACCGAGAUCAGGUACUGUAGCCAUACACGUCACUGUACUGGAUGCUAAUGAUAAUGCUCCAGUCUUUAGUCAGGCCGUCUAUAAAGUCAGUCUGCCUGAAAAUUCUCCUGUAGAUACUGUAGUGGUUACUGUGAGCGCUACUGAUGCUGACGAGGGACAAAAUGGAGAGGUGACAUAUGAAUUUAGUCACAUUACUGAAACGGCAAAACAAAUAUUUUCACUGGAUCACAAAUCAGGUGAAAUUAGGUUGAUAGGGUUAGUCGACUUUGAGGAUGAGUUCAAAUAUGAAAUUGUUGUUGAAGGAAUAGAUGGUAAUGGACUUUCAUCAGUUGCAAACGUUAUCAUAGAUAUCACAGAUAUAAAUGACUAUGCCCCCGUUACAGUAAUAAAAUCUCUGAACAGCCCCGUGCCCGAGAAUGCGUCACCCGGUACAGAGGUUGGCAUCAUUAAUGUGCAGGACAGAGACUCUGAGAAUAACGGACAGGUGCGCUGCUCCAUUCAGCAAAACGUCCCAUUUAAACUCGUCCCUUCAAUCAAAAAUUACUAUUCUCUGGUGACCACAGGUGAAUUAGACCGCGAGCUGGUGUCUGAUUAUAACAUCACAAUUACUGCUACUGAUGAGGGCUCUCCACCUUUAUCUUCCACUAAGAAUAUUCACUUCACUGUAGCUGACGUGAAUGAUAACCCACCUGUAUUUGAGGAGCAGAAUUACAGAGCUAAUGUGCAAGAAAAUAACAAACCGGGCUCCUCUAUUUGUUCAGUAUCAGCUACAGACCCGGACUGGAGACAGAAUGGCACUGUAGUUUAUUCUCUGUUGCCCUCUGAUGUCAAUGGCGCACCGGUGUCCUCCUUUUUAUCCAUUAACGGAGAUACCGGGGUCCUUCAUGCCGUGAGGUCGUUUGAUUACGAGCAGAUGAGAAGUUUCAAAGUGCUCGUGUUAGCCAGAGACAACGGGUCUCCUCCUCUGAGCAGUAACGUGACCGUGAGUGUCUUCAUAACGGAUGAGAAUGACAACUCCCCUCAGAUAUUAUACCCCUCACCGGAAGGGAACUCCUUGAUGACCGAGAUGGUCCCCAAAGCUGCGCAGGCGGGCUCCCUGGUCUCCAAGGUGAUCGCCGUGGACGCGGAUUCUGGACAGAACGCGUGGCUCUCGUAUCACAUUAUUAAAGCGACUGAUCCGGGACUUUUCACUAUCGGUGUCCACAGCGGAGAGAUCAGGACGCAGCGGGACAUUUCUGAAUCUGACAGCAUGAAACAGAACCUGAUUGUCUCCGUGAGAGAUAACGGACAGUCCUCUCUCUCAGCCACGUGCGCAUUGUAUUUACUGAUAUCAGAUAACUUGGCUGAAGUUCCAGAACUGAAAGACAUGUCUCAUGACGAGAGCAGCUCCAAACUGACGUUUUAUUUGAUCAUCGCGCUGGUGUCCGUUUCCACUUUCUUCCUCACCUUCAUCAUCAUCAUCCUGGCCGUGAGGUUUUGUCGCAGGAGAAAGCCCAGACUGUUGUUUGAUGGAGCUGUAGCCAUUCCCAGCGCGUAUCUCCCUCCAAAUUACGCAGACGUGGAGGGCGCGGGAACUCUCCGCAGCACUUACAAUUAUGACGCAUAUCUGACCACGGGCUCGCGCACUAGUGACUUCAAGUUCAUCAGAUCUUAUAAUGAGGGCACGCUGACCUCUGACCUGACUUUGAAAAAGACUCCGUGCUCUGUGGAUGAUCUUGAAGGGCUUGAUGCAGAUACAACUAGUUUUUCUGAGGUAUGA